AUGGUUCAAAAGAUCGACCCCAUCAUCGACCAAGAAUUGAUCAAGGAUGUGCGCGCCUUAGGUGAAUUCGAGCGCAACGCCCUCGCCCAAGGCCCCACCGUCACCAUAUUCAUUGGCCAGAAGCCCACGGUCUAUGAGAUGUCCAAGCGGGUCAUCAUGGCUAUCUCUCCGCUGGCCAACGAGUACUUCAACAACGAUCCCGCGGCGAUAGAACUACAUAUCCCGUCUGAUAAGUUCCACUGGGUCGGUGUUCUCGUUCUCGCGCAGUGGAUGACCCACGUAUGCAAGUCGCCCCGCCCCUUCUCGAUCCGCGGCUCGCAUAACCCACUUGAAGAUAUCAGCAUCUACACUGCAGCUCGAGGGCUCGGCCUUGACCUAUACAUCCACCCUAUCUUCACAAAGCUGGAGGAAUUCGUAAAGGGCACAGAACACGGCCUGCUCCACUAUGAGGAGCUAGACGCUAUAUGCAAAUGCGACUCGGAUGACCGCCUCUUCAUGACUACCACAUCUGUCUAUGCCCGACUCCGCUACUAUGAGCAGAUUCCGGACCCUGAGGAAUUCGAUGACUUCCUCUCGAAGCAUCCUCGAUUUGAGAAGGCUCUGGAUUGGGUACAGACGAAUCUCGAGAAGCGCAAUGGGAAGCCGACAGCGUCAAUCUGCCAUGAAUUAGGGGGAGACUGA